CGGAAACAGCUACUUUUUCAUCUUCCUCUGUUAGCACGGUUCUUUGAGGGACUUUUGGGCCGGGAUACGCCGUUUCACCCACAUCGGAUUACCUGUUUCUGCGACUACUAUGUGUGGAUUUAUGUCCUCUUGAUCAAUCAGUUACAUCGGAGUUGCUAUCAUAGGAUUUUCGCUUUUACUUAAGAUGGAGAAGGGGAGUGGCAAGUUCCACACUAUGGAUAUUAUGCAGGGCUUGCAUUCCCCCAAGGAUUGUAUGUACUCCUCUACACCCUGUUUUUCGGUCAGGCCCGACACUUUACCGAUCUCUCAAAAUAUGUCUUCACGACCUGAUCUUAAGCUGGACCCAUCAACCAUUCGAAUUCCUCUCGGUUGUACUUCAACUGAAUCAUUCGACAGCACGCGGAGUUACUUCCGCUCUUCUCCCGACACCUUACCUGUCCCGAAUUAUCACUGCACUGGAACAUACUCGGAAUUCAUUCCAAAUACGAGAUCGGAAAACUCACUUAUAAGCGUCGUGCGAACUCGACGUAGAAAGGCAGGUAUCAGCGAUGAGGAACGCAUCUGCAUUGUAUGUGGGGAACCGGCUUCUGGUUACAACUUUGAUCGCCUAACUUGCGAGAGCUGUAAGGCAUUUUUUCGCCGAAAUGCCUUAAAACCGAAAGACAAGAUCAAGGCCUGCAGUCGUGGAGGCGGAUGCAUCAUCGAAGGCAACCAGCGGAAACACUGUCCAUCAUGUCGAUUGGAGAAGUGUUUUCUAGUCGGUAUGAAGCGGGAGUUAAUUUUGCCUCCUGAAAAAUUGGAACAACGCGCGAAACCUCGACGCCGGAAACAGAAUUCCCCACAAGCAAACAGUUGCUCACCUCAGCAUAUGCUGACCGCGCCUUCUUCAGUGGGCAGCGCCACCAGUGUGCACUUGCCCUAUGUGCCUUCUCCUGCUCCAGCGACAACUCACCCACCGCCGCUGCCUCUGGGGUCAUCCAACUCGUCUGCAGGACCAUCUACUUCACUCGGUCUACCAACUUAUACGAGCUCCCCCUACACGGACCCCACAUUGCUCUCCUGCGCCCCCAUUCCUGUCCCUAUGCCUCGCAUGGAUCCCGUCGGUCCCAAUGGUGUUGUGUAUCAGGGUCGAUUGGGUCAAGCGAGCGGCAACAUCACCACAAAACCAUUCUGUGCAAACCCCACAACCACCUCCAAAUCCUCCCCCGCCUCUCAUACUACGAAUAUCUAUGGACUCAUCGUACUCUACUCUUCGUUUUUCUUCGAGCGUGACAUACGAAAACUCCGCUAUCCUGUUCUGCGAGCUGAUGGCCAGCUGACCACCGUCACCGUUUCCAUGUUGGACGAAGUUGUCACUCCUUCGUCAACUAGCACUUGCAGUUUGGCCGAUGAAUCACACUUCGAUCUGUCUGAAUUUAAGCUUGGUUGUAACUUUUCCGCCACAGCCUCACUUAAUCGCGCUGACCACACUCACACUACGGAACUACGCGAAGAAUUCGAGCUGUACAAAGCAAACACUUUGGCCGCGUUCGAUCAUUUGGAUCAGUUGAUCGGCUCCGACGAUAUUCUUCGUGUCUCUGUCCUGGCGAUCAAGUUAUUCAGUGACGAUUCACUUCUGACGGAUGAACUGCUACAGUCUUCGGUCGGGACUGCAAGGCAAUCGUAUUUGUUCUUCCUCUGGACCUAUCUACGCUGGCGUGCUGGUCCAAGGCAUCUCCGAUCCGCCACGGAGCUUUACGCGCGUCUACUCAUUGCCUUCAUCGAUUUACGUACUCUGGAAAUUCGCAUGACUGAAUUCGCCAAAGUGUUGAGCUUGGAUGGAUUAAGUCCUCUAAUGCGGGAAGUUUGUAGCCAACGCACAGUUGUCGGAUCUUCACGAGCCUAAGCCUGCAUCCCCCCCUCGAUAGCUAAUGUUUCACUGUGUUUUAUCGAAUGCUGUGAUGGAUUUCACUCAUGUGCUCCUCCCAGCACCAUCUGGCGUCUUCCUCAGAGUGAUCUUUUUGGUAUCCUGGAGACAGUUGUUCCCUUCAGUCCAUUCUGUAUUAUAUUACAACAACCUUUUUCAUCUACCUCGUCCCUGUAUUUACAAGCAUUCUCCCUAUCGAAUCCCAACCUGUGUAUAUUUUGCUCCUCUCUUUCAAGCGUGCUCACUGAUAGCACCCCGCACUCAUUAUCUCCGCUUUCUCUCCUCUGUUGCUCUGCUUCACGUGGGACGGCCCAAAUCGACUUUGUGGUCGUGUGGCUCUUUCAGCCUUUGCUCGUGCAAUUUGCCAUUUUCCUCCCGUUAGCGUCAGCUGCCUACACCUCCCCGUUCACUCUUAUCAGAUGUUGUAUUCCGAUAAUUUUGAAAAAGUUUGAGCCUCCUUCUUUGCGAUUGUAGCAAGAGUAUUGUUAUUCUUUUUCGCACGACUUUUAUUCAUCUAAAGCGAUUCUCGUGCUUACCUCGACCACCUUACAUCGUUGU